UUUCCUCAUCACGUGAUCUGGAAUCGCAGCAGAAAAACAGACAUUGCUCGAGACAGAACUCCAAAGACAUGACGAUCACAGACGUGUCCCGUUGUACGAUGGAAGUUAUAGAAGUUGAGGAAUUCUUGCGGAACCCUCCGCCCGGUUUCACCGUAGAGGCUGGCUACCGAUUCGUGAAAAGCGAUCCUGAAAACUGCUGCGUGUUCAUCGAUGACUUCGAGUUAUCCAGAGGAGGAAAAGUAGUCUUCCAACACUCGCAGGGAAAGAAAAUCACAGUGCGCAAUUUGGGAGAUUACACUCGCUUCAGGAAGAACCUAACCUCAAAAAAGAUCUAUAUACUGGCGUCUGCAUGUGAAAGCAAACCUUCAUCGACCGAUAAGAAAGCUCCCAAAAACAUAAAAGUGCUCCAGCAGUAUGUGGUGUCCAUUGAUGGCCGUAACCCUCUGAUCAAGUGGGAGAUUGAGAGAGGCCUGGACAGGACUCUCUCCUCUGUGGCUGGGGAGAGCUACAGGGUCCACAUUGACCUGUGUGAUGCGUUGCGUGGCUGGGCAGGGGAGGGUUUCUGUCUCCUAGGCAACAGAGAGAAGGUCACACCCGUGUGGAAGGAUACCUGCUUCACCUUGAAAUAUUACUCGGAUGCCCUCUUUGACUUCCCACACUGGCUCGGCUUCAGCAAACGCCAUUUCAAGAUCUCCUACCAUGGAAGAUGAGACCUUAGCAAGAAUCAAUAAUUACUAU